AUGACUUCAUCAUCUCCCAUAUCUAUUAAUGAUGAUCUCAUCCUGGAGAUCUUAUCGAGAUUGCCUUCAAAGUCUAUCGCAAGGUUUCGUUGCCUGUCUAAGCAAUGGGCAUCAAUGCUUAGUAGAAAACGCUACGCUUCUGGCUUGUUCUAUUUGCAUGGUUGUGGAAGCCAGCGUAGACCUCUGAUUAGUAACCCCAUCACAGGACGGUAUGCGAUCUUACCUUAUCUUUAUAGUUACAGAAACCUAUAUGUCUUUUUCGGGUUUGACCCGAUUGACAUGCAAUACAAGGCAUUGCGGAUGGCUUAUCCAUGGGAUCCUAAUCGUCAUAAAACUCUUACAUUUGGAGAUGGAGAUAUGAAGUGGAGAAAGGUAAAAGGUUCCUUGCGACAUGAGAUAAAGAGUGAAGGAAUAUGCAUUAAUGGGGUUUUGUAUUACUUAGGUUACACGCCGAAUUGUUUUAAUGAUGAUCAUGUUGUAACGUCUGCAUGGAUAAUAGUUUGCUUUGAUCUUAGGUCUGAGAAAAUCACCUGUAUCGACGUAAAUAGGUUUGGUAAAUUGAUAAAUUACAAGGGCAAACUAGCUCUGAUUUAUUUGGGGAAAGAUUCUGCUGCCAUUAAUGAGUUGCAUAUGUGGGUUCUAGAUGAUGUUGAGAAACAUGAAUGGUCCAAACAUGCCUACACUUUAACCCAUGAUAAAUUAUUCCGUCGUCACUUUCGCAUCGCUGGAGCGACCACUUGGGGUGAAAUUGUAUUUUCAAUGCACAAGUAUACACCUAACAAACCGUUUUAUGUUUUCUACUUCAAUCCCGAAAAGAACACUCUUAAACGUGUUGAAAUCAAAGGUUUUGGUGAGUAUAGUUGUACUGUUUUUACCUUUGUAAACCACGUAGAGGAUCUUGAUGUUAAUGAUUUAAAACUGCUCAAGUCAACCCAUCCUCCACUAACGGAGCCAAACUAUGCAGAAGAAUGCGCACCAGAUUCAGAUUCAGACUGA